UUGCAGAAAACAGAUUAAAAGGGUCUGUCUCGAAUAUUGCCGAGGAUGAUUCCAGCGCCACAGCAAGCUUCAUCGCCUCAAGCAUCGCCUUUGCUUCCUCAGCCAAAGGAGAAAAGCAGAAAACUCUUUUUGCCGCCCCAUCUAUCAAUAGUCCAAAAUUAAUCCUUCCUGUCACUGCAAAUUCCAUAUAUAACUUCUUACCUGAAUCACCAUUUUAUUUUAUAAUUCUUGUUAAGCAGUCUCGCUUUUCUCUAUUUAAAAUCACUUCUCCAUCGAUUGAAUCGCUUCUCCCACCUCUCUAUAUUUCUCUUCUCUGUCACAAGGGAAAAAAGAAAUUAACAAUCAUCAACGUUUCUUUCUCUCUCUGGAUGGAAGCACCGACAUUGUAACUGAAAACCCUAAAGCGAUUUGUUAGCGAUCUUCCUUUCUUUCAUGGAUACUUGAUCUUUAUCAGGUACUAAUUGGUCGUUCUAUCUCUCUCUCUCUCAGUUGUAUACUUAAUCCCUCGUUUCCUUUUCUCUUAUUUUUUAAUGAUUUCGUUUGAAUUCGUAUUUUGUUGGUUUACCUUCUAUUCCUUUCGCGGCUGAGAAAUUGCAGGAUAUAGAAGAAAGGUGAUUUUUUUUUUUCAAUUGGCAAUUUAUUGUUCUAAUUUUCUCUCCCUGAAGGAACUCUUUCACCAAAAACUGACAUUUUAUUUUAAUUUUUUCAUUAAAGAGAGAGAGAAAAGAAACCUCCGGCCCCUUCAUUGUUCGAAUUUCUUGAUCCCCUGGCCUCUUCAUUGCUUGGCGGCUAGGCUACUAGCGGUUUUCCAUCAUCGCGCGCAGUUCCAUCACUGAAUAACCUGACCUAGCUGCUAAAGAUGGAAGAAGAACCCAACCCUGUUCACUCCCCUCCUCAAAACUCCGUAACUCCUCUUACAAAUGACAGAUACGAGCGUAUAAUGAGCAAUCUCAGAGCCUCGGUGUUUUCGAAAAUAACCCCCUCGGGAGACAUUGCGCCUCAAAUCAAGACCUACAUUGAAAAACGGCUGCGAGAAUUCUUCCCCAGUUUCCACACACCCUCUCACCCACCUUACGCCUCUAUGAUUCUAAGGGCAAUUUCAGAGUUGAAUGAUGAAGGGGGGUCCACCGAGGAGGCAAUAUCAGCAUUUAUUAAAAGAGAGUAUGAGCAUUUGCCAUGGGGGCAUGAGAGUUUUUUGAGUCAUCAUUUGAGGAAGCUUUGUCGGAAUUUGGAGAUAGAAUGUGUAAAUAAUGGACGAUAUAUGCUUUUAUUUGAAGAUUGUGAGUUUAAGGAGAUGACAGGAGCAAGUAGGAAAAAGCAGGGUCGCAGAGGUAGGCAGGGCAGGAAAAAAGGCAGAGCGAAGGAGAUGAAGAAACAAAGGCAAGCUGAAAACCAACAAAUUGAAGUAUAUAAAGAGCCUUGGUGUCAGGAGACUCUGCAAGCUAUGGAACUGAAGCAGCACAAGGACCAGAAGACCUCAUUGGAGAGAGAUGUCGAGAUGGGAUUUAACAAGCAAGAUGAUGUUCAAGACUUUGUGACCCAGAACUUGGACUAUGAUCAUCCUGCGGUGGAAGAGGAAAAGCAACUGCAAAUUACAAGUCCUUGUGAAAAGAGGGAAAUCAUUUGUGGUCUGUUGUCAGUACGGCACCCUCAACCAAAGAAUCUCUCUCAUCAACAAAUGAGAGCCAAUUUACACCCCGUUGAAUCAUCAUCUUUUCUUGAAUCGUGCACAGAUCCAGAGCAGCAUCUUGACCUUUCUACCAUGAAAAGAUCUCCUAAACCAAAAGCACCUGUAAACAAAAAUAUCUUGACAUCAUCUUUUUCAUAUCCUCAGCAUCAAUAUGAGCAGCAGCAAUCUAAGCCUCGAGGCAGAGGGAGGCCCCGUAAACUAAAGUCCGAUACAGACAUGAUUAAAAAGAGUCUGUUACCAUCCAGUGAUCAUGGCUGCAAUGAGCAACAGCAGCAACUGGAGGGUCCAGGCAAUGGAAGGUGUCCAGUGCCAGAGUCAAAUUUAGUAGCAGAUGCAACCACAUCAUCACACUCCCAUGAUCAGAAUCACAAUGAGCAGCAGCAACCGCUGAGGAAAACAGGAGGCAGGCUUCCUAAAAGGAAAAGAAAAUGCUGUUGACAUCUAUAAUCAUGCACGUAAGGUGGUAUUUAUGGACUAGUAAAUUUUAAAAUUAGUUUCUCUGUGACAUGGUUUGUAAAUACUGAAAUUCCCUAGAGUAAGUUGGACGGAUGCUUGGUAUUUUACUUUUCGCCGAUUCAGUAGCAGAAACUUGCAGUUAUUUUGUGCCGAA